GCUGUUAAUAUUUUCAUCUCUUUGUGUUACAGAUUCCACGCUGAAGUAAAAAAAAAGAAUUUCUAUCUUUGAGGUUUACUUCGAGCGUAUCAACGAAAAGUUUUUUUGUAUGGUUGUUAUGUCUCAUUGCUUAAACCAGAGAGGAAAGCAAAAUAAUCACCAAGUUUAUAUUUCUGACAACAGCUUACACCAUACGCCAUAUUAUAAAGAGCAGGCUGUUGAUAAUCUUACAUUAACUACGGCUCAACCCAUAGUGACACAUAUUGGCAGCAACAGCAUGCCUGAACCUUAUAUCUCUCCAGGUGGUUAUUAUGCUAGUAAUGCAGCUUUUCAGCAAUGUAUGUCUUAUGCUAAUUUUACUCAACCUCAUUCUCAAUGGUCGAAUGGAGGUAACAGUCAUCAAGCCACAUUACAGGGUUUUGAUGCUAUGCAAUACAGUACCUUAAGUGCUGCUCCUACAGCUGUUCCAACCGCAGACAAUGCACAAAAUCACCAGUAUGUGUCUCCAGAUCAUUUGUUUAACCAAAAUAACUCAGGUUAUCAAAGUGCAUUUUCUGCACCUUACAUGAAUGGUAGUUGGUCAUAUUUUAAUAAUCCAAAUUCUUUCUUUUUUCCUACUGGUACUGGCGAUUUGAACUUAACUUGGGGUACAAAUGCAGAAAAUCCAGUUAAUGGGUUUCUGCAAGAUUUAUAUAAACCACCCCAAUUGUCAACAGAUCAAGAAAAGACAAUGGAUUCAUUACAAAAUGAUCUAACACAUACUGGUUUUGAUACAAGUGAACCAAACUCUAUUGAUUCAGUUGAUAAAUCUCUGUCAAAUUUUAGUCUUAGUAAUGAUAAGGAAAUUGAUAGAGAAACUUCUGUUGUGACCAGCAUGAACUCAGGUUUAAUUAAUACUUCUAAAAGUACUGCCGUUAAUAAUUCAUCUGGACAAUCUAAUUCCCAUUCUAAACCGGUUUCUUGGGCAAGCGUUGCUAGUCAACCAGCCAAAAGUAAGACUCCUAUUGUUCGUAAACCUAUUAAAGAGACUCCACCACAAACUGUUAAAUCUAAUCAUUUGCAAAAUGGCAAUGCGAAUGUUAAUGGUAAAAGCAAACCACAGCAGUCUAGUUCUCGUUGGAAUCGUCCAAAUAGUUUAAGUAGCAGUACUAGUAACAAUAGUAAUGAUGUUGUAGCUGUCAUUAAUGAUAGCCAUCUUGAUAUUAACAAUAUGAAAGAUAAUUCUCCAUUGUUAAAAAAGCUAUUGUCCAAGUUUAAUUUUAAUCCUAGAGAAUUGAAUAUGGAUUUUAAAAAUUCGAGAUUUUUUAUUAUAAAGAGUUAUAGCGAGGACGAUAUUUUCCGCUCAAUUAAGUAUUCGAGCUGGACUUCCACAGAACACGGUAAUCGACGACUUAAUGAAGCAUUUAUUGAACAGAAAAAAACUGGAAUUAAAACUCCUAUGUAUUUACUGUUUAGUGUUAAUAGCAGUGGACAUUUUUGUGGAAUUGCAGAAAUGACAUCUGAAGUAGAUUUAAACAUUGAAACAGGUAUUUGGGUUCAGGACAAAUGGAAAGGACGCUUUGACGUUAGGUGGAUAUAUGUAAAGGACGUUCCUAAUAAUAUUCUUAGACAUAUUCGCCUAGAAAAUAACGAGAAUAAGCCAGUAACAAAUUCUCGUGACACACAGGAAGUGUCUCCUGAAAAAGGAAAACAAGUGAUUAAAAUAAUUCAUAAUUAUCAAGCACAGACGUCUAUAUUUGAUGACUUUGCACAUUAUGAAAAAAGACAAGAAGAAGAUGCUAAAAUGCGAAUGAAGAAGAUUCCUGAGCCAUUUAAUUUAUAACUUAUGAAAUAUGUCUGGCCGUUUUAUAUGUUUUGAUUCAUUUAUGGGAAGGUUGAAGUCUGUUUAUUUUA